AUCGUAGGCAAUGUAUGUUGACCUUGAUGAUAUCAAUCAAAACUAUUUGAAUUUGUACAUCGAAUUUAAGAGUGAUUUUUAUCUACUGUGUUCUAGAAUAUUUACGAAUACGAACGGAGUAAUAUUAUUAUUUGAUUAUAUUUAACUCUGUUAUCUUAUAUGAUAAGAUAGAAGUUGUGUUUGACCGUUAUAGUGAAUUUGCACUUUUACUUAUCACAUUACUGUAGCUAUAUAUAAUAAGCUUCUAAACAUCAACAAGUACAUCGACUAGAAAAUAAAAUGUGGAUCCAAAGAGUUAGUUCUUUUCAAAAAAUUCGAAAAUUUCAAUUUGUAAAAUUUUUAUCAACAAAAACACAAGAUGUCGAAAACGCAGGGCCCGUUGUAUUUCGUAAACUAGGUGGCGAGGACAAAGGGAUUGCAGUAUAUGGGUUGAAUAGCCCUCAGGCAAGAAACGCUCUUGGCUUUGAUCUCCUACAAUCUAUGCGGGAAGUCAACCAGCUCAUCCGAGAGGACACAAAAAUAUCAGUUGUAAUAUUACAUAGUUUAGUUCCUGGAAUAUUUUGUGCUGGAGCAAAUUUAAAGGAAAGGUUCAAAAUGAGUGAUGAUGAAGUUGCAACAUUUGUGAGAGGUCUUAGAAACACAUUCAUAGAAAUAGAGGAUUUACCAAUGCCAACAAUAGCUGCCGUAGAGGGAGUAGCUGUUGGGGGAGGAUUAGAAUUGGCUCUUGCUUGUGAUAUUAGAGUGGCUGCACAAUCUGCAAAACUAGGACUGAUUGAAACAGGCCGAGGUCUUAUCCCUGGUGCUGGCGGCACCCAGAGACUACCUAGAGUAGUACACUUAAAUAUUGCUAAGGAAUUAAUAUUUACAUCUAGAAUAGUCAGUGGGAAUGAAGCUAAAGAUCUUGGGUUAGUCAACCAUGUUGUUUCACAAAAUAGUAAUAACAAUGCGGCCUUUGAAAAAUCUCUUACUAUAGCACGUGAAAUCAUUUCAAAUGCCCCCAUUGCUCUAAGAUGUGCAAAGCAGGCUAUUAACGAGGGUGUCCAACUUAGCAUUAAAGAUGGUUAUGAAGUGGAGCAGAAGUGUUAUGAAAUUAACAUUCCUACUAAAGAUAGACAGGAAGGAAUGCUUUCUUUUAUCGAAAAGAGGAAGCCUCAAUAUAAAGGACAUUAAAUAUUUUUUUUUAUAAUAAGAAUUUAUUGAAAACAGGACCAAAUAAUAUUUUUCGAGUUGUUAUUAUUAAAUGUUAAAUUACAGUUGUA